CAUGUUGCAGUGAUAAUUAUUAUUACAUUAGAACGUAAAUCUUGUUUAUAGUUUGUCACAAGAAAUCAUUGUGGUUCGAAAAUGUUCAAACUAAUAUUUCUUUUGAUGACUGUCGUAGUCAAUUUACUUGUUAACAAAGUCAGUAGUUGUCCUUCAGACUGGAUAAAGCUACAGUCAUCUUGCUAUUUCUUCAGUACAACGCAAAAAACAUGGCAUGAAGCCAGAAGAAUUUGUCAACAGAAGGGUGGAGAUCUUGCUGUUCCAAAAAAUAAAGCUGAAAAUGACGCUAUUUACAAAUUUUCACAAAGAAGAAAACUUACAUAUCCUUCUAUUGGUUUGUUUCGCAAUAAAAACGACAAUAAAUUUUAUACAGUCCAUAAUGUAGCACCUACUUUUAUAAAUUGGAUUCCUGGUGAACCUAACAACGCACGCGGUAAAGAGGAUUGUGUUCAUUUCUACACUGUGCCACGCAAAUGGAAUGACAUUUCAUGCAGCAUUUUUAAUGAUUUCAUCUGUCAAAAAAGUGAAAUACAUGAAAGAAAGAUCAAUUAUAAAUUGAUAUGUGGUGAAAACAACAUUACUUUUUGGAUCAAGAAAUCAUUGUUAAAUGUUACUUCAGCUUCUCAACUUCAACUUUCUGACAAUUCUUGCAAACCCAAAUCAACCAAAUUAUAUUUUAUCUUUACAACUUCACUAACUAGAUGUGGGACAAAGAUGACUGUUGAAAAUGGCGGAAAAGUAAUUUCUUUUCAUAAUAAAAUCAUCGAAAGUUUUUCAGGAUUCAACUCAUUCAAACACAACAUUUCAAGAGAAAAGGAGAUCCAGUUUCCUUUUAAAUGUUCUUAUCCUCAUAAUUUUCUUAUUUCCUCGUCAGCCUUUGGUCUUGAAAACUUCACCGUCGAAAAUAAAACUGUAACUAAAAAAGGCCAAGUGUCCAUAGUUAUGUCGCUGUACACAGAUGAACUUUUCAGUCAAUCAUUGACAACAGAUCCAUCAAUGCGAGAUCGUCUUUAUGUUGAAGUCAAACGUAAUACAAACAAAACAAACUCAACUGUUGGAAUAAAGUUAAAUAAAUGCUUUGUUACUUCAAAAAGCUCUUCGCGUCAAUUUAAAUAUGUUCUUAUUGAACGUGGGUAAGUUUUUUCAAAUACGUGACGACUCGACAAAAUUAACCCUGUUUGAAGCUAUGAGCGUAGCUUAAAAUCUUUAACUAAUGAAAUGUCAAACAAGGACAAACAUGUUUUAUUUCUAUAAUAAAAAUAGAAAGCAAAGUGUAAAAAAUUAUUUUUCUUGAAUUUUGGGGAGCAGAGUGGCUACAGGGUGUUAGUCCCAAUAAUAACUUUUCCACAAAUAGUUUAACAAAUUUAGUAUAUUUUUUUCUCUAAACAUUUGUUUGAAAAUUUUUAUCAUUAAAUAUUUAUAUUGUAAUAUUAU